ACAUUUCUUUUUGCAGACGUGUUUAUAGCACGUAUUUAUAUUCGAUAACAGCUGAUCUGCGGGACAGAAACAGAAUAUGUGUAAAUUUAGUGAAGUAAUAAAACGCCAUUACGAACUAUCAUAUUUCAUUAUUAGUUAGUUUCAUUUAUCGUGAAAAACUUUUGUAAUAAGAAUAAGGAGGAUUAUGUGACACUUAAAUACAUACAUAAAGAGUGAAUUUUGAGACUAACAAUAAGAGAAAACUCCUUAUCAUAAAAAUAUAAAUUACGUAGGAUUAUAAACGAGCAACAAUCAUGUCAGCCUUAUCAGAGAAUAUUACAAUCAAGCAGCCCAUAAGACGUUUGGAGAUUCAAAUUAAUAACUUCAACGUUGCUAUUCCACACCAUGUAGAUUUAUUAAAACGGCACAAGAACAAUAUUAAAAAAUAUCAAAACCAACAUGAUUGGGAACGGAUACGGAAAGAACAUGUAAAUGUCUCCCGUAUUAUUAAGCAAUUGAAAGAGUUAUUGUAUCAAAUGGAAACUCUCAGAGCACAAGUUCUUGAUGUUGACAUUGAUAAAUUUGAUAAACUGACAACACAUGCACGGACUAGUAUUAUGUGCGCAAUUCAGGAAUAUUUAGAUAUGGAAUUAGAUGUAUCAAAAUUGCCACCCACAUCAUCAAAGAAUGAAAAUCAAGAGAUAGAAUCUCCAUUCAAUGAUAAUGAUAUACAAUUGCAAAUAGAACGAGAAGAUUUACAACAUCAGCAAACAUGUCUACAUGCUUGGAAUUGUUUACAAGAGGAAAUACAACAAUUACAUGAGCUCUUUGCUGAAUUUAAUAAAAUUGUACAUCAUCAAAAAGAAAUGGUAGACAAUAUGGAAGAAAAUAUUGAAGAAGCUCAAAUAAAUGUGGAUGAAGGUACAAGAUAUCUAGAGGUAGCCUCUAAAUAUAAAGUCGCUGCGUACCCUAUAGCAGGUGCUAUGAUAGGCACAUGUAUCGGAGGACCAAUAGGUUUAUUAGCGGGAAUGAAAAUUGGUGGUUUUGCUGCUGUAAGUUGUGGAAUUUUAGGUUUUACAGGCGGAUCAUUAUUAAAAAAGAAACAGAUGAAAUCACAAAAACUAGAAAUCUGUGCAAAUGCGUCAGCAGUUAAUCUUAAUAAUGUUAGGAAAUCUGUCUCUUGUCCUGAUAAUUUAAAAGAAAAUAAAAAACAUUUGUGACAGAACGUAACUUUGUCGACACGUGAUAUGAUCAAUCUUAAACAUAAAAAAAAGUGCACUGUCGUAUAAUUUUAAAUCGCUAAAAGAUAUUUGCACAUUUUUUUAUUUCUAGUAAAUAUGUUUUUUAUUUGUACAUAAAUAAUAUUUAACUUUACAAAGCUAUGUAGUUUAAGAACUCUUUUUGAGAGAAAUUUUUAAACCCUUUUGACAUAUACUAAAUUUAUAAUUUUAUAUAUUUAAAAAAUAUUGACUAGUCUACAAAUCUUGUUGAACCUACACUUGGCUAACUAAUUUAUAAAUGUUUGUUAGGAUAUAUGUAUGGUCUAUUUAGCAAUAUAUUUUAAUAGAAAUUAAGUAAAUGUACACACCCAUUAUUAAAAUUAGAUUAAAGAUAUAAGCAUCUCUUUUAUAAAGCAAAGACUUUUUUUGUAUGCCUUUUGUGUGCCUUGUAAAUUACUUCAGACUAUUAAAGAUAUAUACUCUGCAA